AUGGAAAGUAAGGUUUCUCAAAAUGGCGACAUCCUCAUAGAAGAAAUGAUUGAGAAACUUAAAAAGGAUUAUCAAGAGGAAAUUGCUGUAGCCCAGAAGAACAAAAUUCAACUCCAGCAAAUGGGAGAGCGACUUGCUAAAGCCAGCCAUGAGACUAAGGCAUCAGAGAUUGAGUACAAACUUGGCAAGAUCAAUGACAGGUGGCAACAUCUUCUAGAUCUCAUUGCAGCCAGGGUAAAGAAGUUGAAGGAGACCCUUGUUGCAGUGCAGCAGCUGGAUAAAAACAUGAGUAGCCUGAGAUCUUGGCUUGCCCACAUUGAGUCAGAGCUGUCCAAACCUAUCGUCUAUGAAACUUGCGACUCUGAGGAGAUACAAAGGAAGCUAAAUGAACAGCAGGAACUUCAGAAGGAUAUAGAGAAACACAGUACUGGAGUGGCAUCUGUUCUCAAUUUGUGUGAAGUGCUUCUUCAUGACUGUGAUGCUUGUGCCACAGAAGCAGAGUGUGACUCUAUCCAGCAGGCUACACGCAACCUGGACAGAAGGUGGAGGAACAUUUGUGCAAUGUCAAUGGAAAGACGACUUAAAAUUGAAGAGACGUGGCGGCUAUGGCAAAAGUUUUUGGAUGACUACUCGAGAUUUGAAGACUGGCUAAAAAUCUCUGAGAGGACAGCUGCUUUCCCGAGCUCCUCUGGUGUUCUUUACACGGUUGCUAAGGAAGAACUGAAGAAAUUUGAGGCCUUCCAGAGACAAGUGCAUGAAAGCCUGACUCAGCUGGAACUGAUCAAUAAACAAUAUCGCCGGCUGGCUCGAGAGAACCGCACCGACUCUAACUGCAGCCUUAAGCAGAUGGUCCAUGAGGGAAACCAGAGAUGGGACAACUUACAAAAGCGAGUUACUUCCAUCCUGCGCAGGCUAAAACAUUUUAUCAGCCAGCGUGAGGAGUUUGAGACAGCACGUGAUAGCAUCCUGGUGUGGCUAACAGAGAUGGACCUGCAGCUGACCAACAUUGAGCAUUUCUCAGAGUGUGAUGUCCAAGCAAAGAUAAAGCAACUUAAGGCUUUCCAGCAAGAAAUUUCACUGAAUAACAACAAAAUUGAGCAGAUAAUUGUGCAGGGUGAGCAACUCAUUGAGAAAAAUGAGCCCAUGGAUGCAGCUGUCAUUGAAGAAGAACUAGAUGAGCUGCGUCGUUACUGUCAAGAGGUCUUCGGACGUGUGGAACGCUAUCACAGGAAACUCAUCCGCCUUCCUCUGACAGAUGAUGAACACGACCUCUCUGACAGAGAGGUGGAUCUGGAUGAAUCAGCAGAUCUCUCUGACAUACACUGGCACGAUAAAUCUGCAGACAGCGUUCUCUCCCCACACCCCUCUUCCAACCUUUCGCUGCCUCUUUCCCAGCCGGUGAGAAGUGAGCGAUCAGGGCGAGAUACCCCUGCGAGUGUGGACUCAAUUCCCCUGGAGUGGGAUCAUGACUAUGACCUUAGCAGAGACCUGGAGACAGCUGUUUCACAGGCACUGCACUCUGAGGAGGAAGACGGAGGACAAGAGAAGGACUUCUACCUGAGAGGAGCAGCUGGUAUAGCAGGAGAACCUGGUGCCCUGGAAGCUCAUAUCCGACAGCUGGACAAGGCCUUAGACACAAGUCGUUUCCAAAUACAGCAAACAGAAGACAUCAUCCGCAGCAAAACACCUACGGGACCAGAGCUGGAUUCCAGUUACAAAGGAUACAUGAAGCUACUAGGUGAGUGCAGUGGAAGCAUAGACUCAGUAAAAAGGCUUGGAUACAAACUGAAGGAGGAAGAAGAAAAAUUAUCUGGACUCGUUAACCUGAACAGUACUGAAACACAAACUGCAGGUGUAAUUGACCGUUGGGAAUUAAUCCAGGCUCAAGCUCUAAGCAAGGAGCUGAGGAUGAAACAGAACCUUCAGCAAUGGCAGCAGUUUAACUCCGACCUUAAUAACGUUUGGGCUUGGUUGGGAGAAACUGAAGAGGAACUGGAGAAACUCCGCCGCCUUGAUCUGAGCACUGACAUACAAACUAUUGAGCUCAGAAUUAAAAAACUGAAAGAGCUGCAGAAAGCAAUUGAUAACCGCAAGGCGAUCAUCUUAUCCAUCAAUCUGUGCAGCUCGGAGUUCACUCAAUCUGACAGCGAAGAGAGCAAGAAGCUUCAAGAGCGCCUGUCUCAGAUGAAUGUGCGCUGGGACCACGUGUGCAGUAUGAUCGAAGAGUGGCGCUGCUCAUUGCAGGACGCAUUAAUGCAGUGCCAGGACUUCCAUGAAAUGAGCCAUGGUUUGCUGCUUUGGUUAGAGAAUAUUGACAGAAGAAAAAAUGAGAUUGUGCCCAUCAAUCCAAACCUGGACUCAGAAACGCUGCAGGAUCAUCGCAGACUUCUAAUGCAAAUCAGACGUGAACUACUGGAGUCUCAGUUGAAGGUGGCAUCGCUGCAAGAUAUGUCCUGCCAAUUGCUAGUCAAUGCUGAAGGCAAGGACUGUCUUGAAGCCAAAGAGAAGGUGCAUGUCAUUGGAAACAGACUGAAGCUUCUCUUGAAAGAGGUCACACGUCAUAUUAAAGACCUAGAGAAAAUUCUAGACAUUUCAAGUAGUCAACUGGAAUUGUCCUCAUGGUCUUCUGCUGAUGAAUUAGACACAUCAGGAUCAGUGAGUCCUGUAUCUGGAAGAAGCACUCCAAGCAGACAAAGAACGGUCCACAAGAGGUGGCUCAGGUUCCUCCCAUUCUGAGGCCGGGCCGGCGUGGCAACGCCCGUCCUUCUUCCUCAGAGUCCUCAGAGCUGCUCUGCCACUUCAACUCCUCUUGCUGCUCCUGAUCGGGCUGGCUUGCUUGGUGCCAAUGACUGAGGAGGACUACAGCUGUACUAUGGCCAACAAUUUUGCCCGCUCUUUCCACCCCAUGCUAAAAUACAUGAAUGGUCCACCUCCAUUAUGAAGGAGACCUGUGAGACAUCAGGUGACCUUGCUGGAGUGCUAGCUGGGAGGCAGGACAGUUUUAAAUGGUGACAGGAUUCAGUGAGGCAGCUUUACCUACCUACUGUAGCCACCGCUGUGUCCAUAUUGGCUGCUAGCACUUAGCUAGUAGCACAUCAGUAUAUCAGUAUCAGACUGCACAAUGUAUUACCUGAGUAGCAUUGUUUCAAUACUCACAUCCUGAGUACUAAAGAGGAUGUGACAUAUGUGAGGGAAAUGUCCUUCUGUCCAGCAUUCUGGAUCUUUUAGCCACUUUAUAUCCAGGUCAUUGCCCUGUACUAUGCAUAGCCAAGGACUUGGUACUGUAGAUCCUUUCCUGUGUGCUGCUCUGAAUGAGCCAUUAGACAUUCUUUGUUAAAUAAUCUCUCAGUAUCUACGGUAUACAAAAUAACCAAUGCUAAGGAAAUUUUAGAGCAUUUGUAACAUAAAAUUUUAAAGGAUCUUGUAUGGCAAUGUAUUAUUCCCUGUGGUUUCUGUUUUGGGCAUGAUGUUCUAACUUUUGCUUUGGAUGCACAAGGUGUAAAUCUGAGAAGCACUUUUUUAAGGUUUAAAAAAAUGGAUGUAAUAAAUAAGAUCAUAAAAGGUUUUAUGAGGAAAAAUGUUGAAUGUCAAGUUGAAAAACAAAGAACAUAUUUAUGUAUGUACAGUUUGCUAAGCCAAGUUUUGUUUGUAUUGAUUUAUUUGCAUUUAUUAUAGAUACCAUAAAAUAUUUUGUCUACGUGCUUUUUAAUGACAGCUAUGGAAAGCUCUAAGUUUAGAAUGAGACAUGUAUGGUAU